AUGGCUUCACCGUUGCUUGGUCCACCAGAGCUCCGAGCCUCAGACUCUCUCCCAAAAUCCUCUGAUCCUAGCGACCCGUUCAUGGAUCUAAUGGUCUCAAACUUCAACAAGUCAGCCAAGCUCGAUGAUCCCUCUUCUCCUCAGAAGGGUCUGACCGAGAACGGUGCCGACACGUACCUCUCCGCAGGAAACCCUUGCCUAGACUUCUUCUUCCACGUUGUCCCAGACACGCCCAAGGAAUCUAUAGAGCAGCGACUCCAAGCUGCUUGGAACCACGACGCCUUGACCACUCUCAAGCUUAUAUGUAACCUCCGUGGAGUCCGUGGCACCGGAAAAUCGGACAAGGAAGGGUUUUACACGGCGGCGUUGUGGCUCCAUGGUUGCCAUCCCAAAACACUCGCAUGUAAUCUCGACUCCCUCUCAAAUUUUGGCUACUUCAAGGAUUUCCCGGAGAUUCUUUACCGGAUCCUAAAAGGAUAUGAGAUCCGUAGGAUCCAGAAAUCGGAAUGGGAACAAAGGAAAAACGGAAUCCGCAGACCAUACAGACCAAGAGAAACAUACUCUUACCGAGGCCGUCGAGGAAGAGGUCGCGGUGGCCGUAAUCUUAUUAAUAAGAGGCCAGAGGCGACGAGGGAGCUGCGGAUAGCGGACGCAGAGAAGAGACACCAAGCGGAGAAAGCCAAAGCGAGCUUGGAGCGGAAGAUGGAGAAGAUUUCGAUGGGGAAGAAAGCCUUUACCAGGUACUCUCACGAUCCAGAUUAUCGGUUUCUCCACGAACGCGUCGCCGAUCUAUUUGCAGAUUACCUGAAGAGAGAUCUCGGGUUUUUGACGUCCGGCGAACCAAACAAAAUCUCUCUGGCGGCCAAGUGGUGCCCGUCGCUUGACUCUUCGUUCGACAAAGCAACACUUCUCUGCGAGAGCAUUGCUAGGAAGAUCUUCACUCGUGAAGCUUUCCCAGAAUACGAAGGCGUCGAGGAAGCUCACUACGCUUACAGAGUUCGUGAUCGGCUGAGGAAAGAGGUUUUAGUUCCUCUCCGGAAGACUCUGCAGCUCCCGGAGGUUUACAUGGGAGCGAGAGCGUGGGGAUCUCUUCCGUACAACCGCGUUGCAUCGGUGGCUAUGACGUCUUACAAGGAGAUAUUCCUGGAGCACGACGCCGAGAGGUUUCAGCAAUUUUUGGAUGAUGCGAAAACAGGGAAAACGAAAUUGGCCGCCGGAGCUGUGUUGCCUCACGAGAUAAUUGGGGAAUUAGACGGCGGAGACGGUGGACAAGUCGCUGAGCUGCAAUGGAAACGGAUGGUGGAUGAUCUGAGAGAGAAAGGUUCGCUCACGAAUUGCAUUGCCAUAUCCGACGUUUCGGGAUCUAUGAGUGGUACUCCAAUGGAGGUUUCCGUUGCUCUGGGUCUUCUCGUCUCCGAGCUAUCGGAGGAGCCGUGGAGAGGGAAGCUGAUAACGUUCAGCCAGAACCCAGAACUGCACUUUGUGAAAGGAGACGAUCUGAGAUCGAAAACAGAGUUCGUGAGGAGGAUGCAGUGGGGAAUGAACACUGAUUUUCAAAAAGUGUUCGAUCUGAUUUUGAGUGUGGCGGUUGAAGGGAAACUGAAGCCGGAUGAGAUGAUCAAGAGGGUGUUCGUGUUCAGCGACAUGGAAUUCGAUGAAGCCUCGGCUCAUUCGCGUGGAUCGGAAACGGAUUAUUAUGCGUAUGGAUCGGCAACGGAUUCUUUAUCGGAUGAUGGAUCGGAAACGGUUUCCUGUUCGAGUGGAUGGGAAACGGAUUAUCAGGCGAUUGCCAGGAAGUUCAGAGAGAAAGGGUACGGCGACGUUGUGCCGGAGAUAGUCUUCUGGAAUUUGAGGCAUUCGAGGUCAACGCCGGUGCCAGCAAGUCAGAAAGGAGUAGCGUUGGUGAGUGGGUUCUCGAAGAAUAUCAUGAAAAUGUUUUUGGAUAAUGAUGGGCAGGUCGAUUCCGUAAUGAUGGGUCCCAUGGCGGUCAUGGAGAGUGCUAUAUCUGGAGAAGAGUACACCAAGCUUGUCGUGAUUGAUUGA